AAAUACUAUCCACAAUGGGUGACCAAGAAGAUAUUGGUAAUGACUUUGAAUCUGGAGAGUCUGGAGCCUCCAAUUCCUUUCCGACACAAUGCUCUGCUUUGAGGAAAAAUGGUCACGUUCUUCUGAAAGGUCGUCCUUGCAAGAUUAUAGAAAUGUCUACAUCAAAAACAGGAAAACAUGGUCAUGCAAAGGUUCAUUUGGUUGGUAUCGACAUUUUCACAGGCAAAAAAUACGAAGAUGUUAGCCCUUCUACACAUAACAUGAGUGUUCCUAAUGUAACAAGAUUAGAUUAUCAAUGCGUUGACAUACAAGAUGGAUUUGCUUCUUUGAUGAGUGACGAUGGUAACCUUAGGAGUGAUUUGACAGUUCCGAAAAAUGAAGUUGGAGAAGACAUUUUAAAGAGGCAUACCAAUGACGAAACUUUUAUGGUCACUGUUCUAAAGGCUAUGGGCGAAGAAAUUAUUGUUGGUACCAAGCAGGCAAAUAAUGCAGCCAAGAACUGAUCUUGACAAAAAGUAGAUUUUUUGCUAUAUUUGGCUCCUUCAACAUUUGGACUGAUCACUGAUUGGCUGAAAAAUCACAGUUGGUUGGUGGUACAGUGAUCCUUACAUAACUAUCAGAUGUUUCUUAAGUGGACAGAAAAGAUGGAAAAAGAAUCUGAAAGAAGAUGAAGAAACACUUUGUUUAGAAAUAACCUUAAACAAGAUUUAAAGAAUGAAUGUGAUGAUUUAAGUAAAUUCGGCUUGAGCAUUUAUAUUCUAAAAAUUCUGUACUAAGUCCUUUUAUUCUGCCUUCGGAUUUUUUUUUUAAAUGACUUUGAAGGCAUUAACACCAUUGUGUCGAUUCCUUAGUUUUGAGGUUGUAACAUUAGAUGGCACCAUGCCUAAUGUUGUGCCCAUUUAAUUGCAUAUUACAUCUCAAGAUGACUAUUUCUUCAGUGCUUACUGCAGGUUGUAUUUUAAACUACAAGACAUGAUGGCCCUAUUUCUUUGCACUGAACUCAUAUGUAUACUUUUAUAGUAGCUACAUAUAAGGUACUUUUAAAGCACUAAUGUUCAGGUUCAUAAGCACAUGGCAGCAUCCUUGGAUUGCAUUGUAUCUUAUCACUGGACUUGGGUUUUAUAAAGUGCUUGACAGCAUCUUAUGACAAAGUUCUUUAGUUAAUAAAAGAAAAUUGAUGAACUAUCUUCACAAUGUUAUGUUGUAAAUGUCUUUAAACAAAAAAAACCACCCUUUUUUCUGCUAUUUCAUAUUGGUACCAAAUGAUUACUUUCUGCUAUUAAGUGCUAAUGAUCCAAUUGAAAGGUUUCAUUAAAUUUUGAGAGUUGCAUUGAAUUUUGUCCAAACAAAUGCAAAAUAAAUUAUCAUGACCAUAAAA